UUAAAUUUCAAAAAGAAGUGAUUUCCUUGGUGCGUUUGACUGUGACAUAAUUUGCGUGUUAUGUGCAUUCGUUGGGCUUGCCGUGUGCCAUUUGUUUUUGCAGUUUUAUCGGUAAAUGGGCGAGCUUUUCGCGCCAGAUGGUUAAAGUGAUGCUAUCCGGCAGUUAGCACAAUGCUACUUUGCAAACACGCGUACAUAGCACAGUGGGCCGCUUUGGUUUGUGUGUGUGUCUGCUCUGGAGUCUUCUGAGCUCACAGGCGGGUACUGCUUUCACUUUCUUCACACAUGUGCAGACCUGACACACCUGUUGUCUCUGCCAGAGCUGUCAUAAAAGUCCUAUCACUUCUACACACCUGACACGAUCACGCGUUGUGCAGGAAAUCACAGCGGAAUACCCCGCCUAUUAGUAGAUUAUCGAGAAAGAAACAAGUGCUACGUGAAUUCCAUUACCACACCAUAUUUUAACAUGGAUUUCAUUAUACUCACGUCUAAGACCAUCUUGCAUUCACUGAAAGUGUGGGAGGGAGAGGAGUACUGAGCUGAAAAGGGAGGGACAGCCAAGGCAUGUCAAGCACUGGAUUACUACCAGAAUGUUUCGGAGAGAGCUACUAUACAAAGCACCUAGCUGUAUUUGAACUGCAAAACUUCCAUGCGGAGCUCUGUCAUGCAUCUGAAUUUGAAAUAGAACAGGAGUUACACCUGGCACAGCAGCAGCGCCCAGUAGAGGAGAGGGAGGGAUCUGUGGAGGAGUGCCCAGAUCCUCUGUCUUCACACUGACUGACAGCAUGGGUGAAGAGGGGCCUCCCAGCCUGGAGUACAUCAAGGCCAAGGACCUGUUCCCCCAGAAGGAGCUGGUCAAGGAGGAUGAGAGCCUACAGGUGCCAUUCUCAGUUCUCCAGGGGGAGGGGGUGGAGUUUCUUGGCCGUGCCGAUGAAGCCAUCAUUGCCAUGUCUAACUACAGGCUGCACAUCAAGUUCAAGGACUCUGUCAUCAAUGUAAGUGGCCCUCAUAGGAACACCGCUUUACUCACAAAGGUGCCGUUUGAAGACGAGUGACCUGCCACAUCGCCACAGAAAAUCUAAAGUUUUUGCACCACAGCAGCCAUGGCGCUAACACCUGGGCGAUACUGAGAUUUAACUCAAAUGGAAGAUUCAUUAGUUCUCUUUAAUACAUCUGUGUGCUAAAACACAGGUUUCCCACCCAUUUCUCCUAUUGGUUACCCUCUGUAAGGCUCUGAGUGACAGGUGGAUUUAAACAGUCACAGUGAAUUGUGAGCAGAAGAUUAUAUAUAUUUUUUCUAUUGUAGUAAAAAUAAAUAACAGUGUAUCUUGUGAUCAAAUCUAAAUUGUAAUCUGGCUCAAAGAAAAUCAUGAUCUGAGGCACCAAAGCAAAAAAUGAUAUCUGCAGCACUGGCAGUUUAGUGGCAUAGAGGCUCCACUCACAGAGUAACAUUGACACUGCAGACUGGCGGCUCCUCUCUGACGUCAAGCCUUACUAGCACACAGGUCGAUUGUUUUCAUUCAGAGCUGGGAGAAAUCUCAGUCUUCACAAACUUACGUAACUUUUUCCAGGACUCUUCCACAGAAAUUUUGCUGAAAUAAGUUUAGACAUGCAUCAAUAAGACCCA